CUUUAGGCCUGGGCGGCGGAGGCGCCGUUCCGUUCCGCUCCGCUGUUGUUUGGGCUUCGGUGAGGCUCGGUAAUGGCGGCAGCAGGAGAGCAGCUGAGUUCGGUGCCCGAGGCGCAGAUAGACUCCGACGGCACCUUCAAAUACAUUUUGGUGCGAGUGAAGCGCGGCGCUGACGAAUACCGCGAUAUCGUGAGAGGCUCCGCCGCCGCCGAGUUCCACAAUCACAUAUUUGAUAAAGUAAAUCCUGAAAUGGAAAAACUGGGGUUUGUAUGCAAGUGUCUUGGAGGAGGAAAAAUCGAGCAUAAUAGCAAAGACAAGAAAAUCCGUGUAUUUGGGCUUUCUAUAGGAUAUGGCAAAGCCGAUCAUUCUGUAACUGUAGAAAUACUGAAGAGAAGCUAUGUGAAUUAUGAAAUUAGUUGGUCAGAUGACAAGAAGUGAACUACUGCUGUGAAUUUUAAAAUUUUAACAGAAUGUAGACUUAAUUUUUGUUUUCUUCCAAAAAGUACAAUCAGUGUAUUUAGCUUAUUCUGAAUAAAAAGCUUGAAUGUGAA